UCCCGAUUCCAAAGCGCAUACCCAGCGGCGCCGGGGAGACGCUGGCGUGGCCCAUUGCGCAGGCGCAGGAGCCGCGCUUGGGGCCUCUGCUCAGGCACUGCCGCGGACGACCUCGGGGUCCUUACUUGAUUGGGACCGGAAGUGGCGUGUGCUGGGCCUUUCGGAGUCCCUGGCCCGCGGGCGUCGGGUGUGAGCUGCGCCCUCCGUUCUGAGGGUUUGUGGCCCACGGCUCCUUCGCGGUCCCUGCCGCCAUCGCACACGCUCCGCGUUGUAGAGAAGAUGGUGGGUCGGAACAGUGCCAUCGCCGCCGGUGUAUGUGGGGCCCUUUUUAUCGGGUACUGCAUCUACUUCGACCGCAAAAGACGAAGUGACCCCAACUUUAAGAACAGGCUUCGAGAACGAAGAAAGAAACAGAAGCUUGCCAAGGAGAGAGCUGGGCUUUCCAAGUUACCUGACCUUAAAGAUGCUGAAGCUGUUCAGAAAUUCUUCCUUGAAGAAAUACAACUUGGUGAAGAAUUACUAGCUCAAGGUGAAUAUGAGAAGGGAGUAGACCAUCUAACGAAUGCAAUUGCUGUGUGUGGACAGCCACAGCAGUUACUGCAGGUCUUACAGCAAACUCUUCCACCACCAGUGUUCCAGAUGCUUCUGACUAAGCUCCCAACAAUUAGUCAGAGAAUUGUAAGUGCUCAGAGCUUGGCUGAAGAUGACGUGGAAUGAGAAACAAAUGUCAACCUAAUAAAAUCUUAGUUAAAAGUAUUUUUAAAAUUCUUGGUAGUUGAGCAGCUUUGGGGGAAUAAGGGCAAAUAUGCUUGUUAUGAACUACACUGAAAUCUACCAAAGUUAAUGUUUACUUUGUGUAGAUCCGUUUGUCUAUUUUAUUUAUUUUUCCCAGUGAAAAGUGUAUUUUGAUAGAGAGCCUUUCAUUUUAUAAAUACGCUAUGAGUUACUGAAAUAUCAUGGAUUUUGUUUAUUCCUGAAGCAUAAACUGUAAAUAUGACAUGGCUUAUGUUAAAAAUACCCAGUGCUCAGUUUUGAAGGAUAGGCAAAAAAAAAAAAGUAUAGGAGAAACUGAAGAAUGAAGAAUGUACACUUUUUAAAUUUUAGCUCAUACAUUUUGCUGUAAAUCUGGAAAUUUGAUAGACUUGAUUGUGUUUGUGAAAACUGAGCAUUAAAGUUUUUGAGUGAUCAUUUCUUUCCAUUUAAUCUCUGAGACGUAAAUAUGUCGGCGUGCUGCUGCGCUGUGUUAAUUCCAUUCCCUUUCUGUGUAUCAGUCUCAAAGUUUUGUUUAAAUCAGUGGGCUUAAUGUGUUCUGGGUAUUUAUCUCCUUGUAUUUUAAAUAUACGUAGUUGCAGAUAGCACCGAGAAUUAGAUCUAUGUACACCCCUAAUCUCGCCUCGUGAGCUUCGCCAGUUCAUGUGUGCUCACUUUCCUUUGUUACAUGAGAGAAUGCGACUGCUGACCACUGAAGUGUCCCUUUCAGCUUCUGGUUCAUUGGGCUCUGUUGAGCAUAAAUCCACCUUAACCUGAGGAAUGUAUGUGGGCAACCAGGCCUUGGGUUUUUUUAUAUUCUGAAUUUUGCAUGCUUGCCUGACUUAGUAUUUCCAAAUUGAUCUUUUUUUUUAAUGAUGUAACUAUCUAUUGUUGAUUUUCACUGAAAUUACAUGAUUCUGUCACUACUCUGUAAAUUAAUCUGAAACUUUUACAGUAGCUGGGAUGAUUUGCUUGUAAAAAAUGUUUUUGGCCUUUUGCUUUUGUCUUCAAUGUACCUCCUUAAUCCUACUUCAACUUGAUUAAGCUGUCUUGUGAAAUGAGUAAGUUGCAACCCUGUGACUGAAAACUUGAAAAGGGUGGAGCAGGUGGGACCUCUUACUCUCGGAUAGUGACAUAUUCUCCAUAGUCACAGAUUCCAUUUCAGAACUAAGGAUCCUUGGUACUUGGUGGCAUCUGUUGAACUGAAUAGCAUUUCGCAUUGUAAAGAUUGCCUUUAUUCUGUCUAAAAGUCUGGAGAGAUCCCAAAGACGUCCUAUGUACUAGGUAUUUUAUUUUGGUUUACUUAUAAACUCUUAAUCGUUCCUAAUCUUGGGUUUUUGUGGCGUAGUAGAAAGAGAAACACAAUUCUAGUUUCUGCCUCUUAAUUAGCCGCACAGCCUUGAGCAAGUCACAUUUCAUCUCUGAACUUACCUCUACUAUUAGAUUAGGUGACUCACAUUUAAGGACUUUUCUUGGGUACCUUGAGGGUUUGUGAUCCUCAACCCUUAAACAGUGCUUUUUUGGUGACGCAGGACGUUUUUUUUUUUUGGCGGGGGGGGGGGGGGGGGGGGGGGGGACUGGCCAGUACAAACAUGCCAGUCAGUUUUACUAGUGGGAUCCUGUAUCCAAAGCAGUGUGGUGGUGAUUGGUCAGUGAUUAACCAGGCAGCUGAGAAGUCUUAGGCACCGGUCCAGACAUAUAUAGGAGGAGCAGUUAGGGAGAACAGGGGUGGGAAAGGGAGCAAGCAGCUGACAGCUCAGCAAGGAAAGAAUGGGCUCAGAAAGGAGGGCGGGCUGGAGGAGUGAUGGGCAGCUUAGGUUUGGGGAGGGUAGAAACACCAUUUCCUUGGGAACUGGAGUGCAGUGUGACCUGGCUCUGAACCUGCUGGCUUUGCUGUAAUGCUUGAAAAGGCAGUGAUGCCUUCAUUUUGUAGCUCAUUAAGCCAAGUACAUUUUCUUAUUUAAAUGACAACUUUGGUGCUUUAAAAUGAAGUACCACUUUUUAAAGCUAGCUGUGUCAAGGAAAAAAAAUCAGCGUUUUCUUUCUCCCAGAAAUGUAAUUGUCAAACACUAUCGGUUCCCACUUUAAGUUUUACAGAGUGAUAGAAUCAGGUCAUCGUCGUGAUGCUGGCCAAAUGGUUCUCAGCAGGUGAGAACGGGAAAAAAAAAAACCAGAUUUCAGUGGAGUAAUAAACAGCUUGAAUGUUUCCAUGUGCUAAUGUUGCACACUUACAAGAAAAC